GAGAGGCGGAGGGACGCGCAAAAGACACCCAAGUGUUGAAGACGCAACCUCCCUCACGCUGAGCUCCGAAUGAGUUUGGGGUGUUCUUGGAGCUGCUUUAUUAUCCGGUACGUCUUGACGGAAAAAAGGGACUUGGAGAAAGAGGGAGAAAAUCCGUGAAGUGUCAAUGUCGCUUGUCUGACGGAUGAUAACAUAUUAAACAUUGCACUGGAGCAUCAGCAGGACUAACAGUAACCUGUGACCGGUCAUUUCCUCAUUUCUUCUGCCGCGGAAACGUCUGCGCUUUAGUUCUUGGCGGCGCACUCUUGCGCGAUUUUUAUCAGCCUGUUAUUUCAGCCGGACAUACACGAACCUAUUCUCGCUUCUUACAGCUUUGCCUCGUUCCUUCCUAGUGGAUGCACCGAUGAGAGAUCCGGUUUUCACGGGGACCGGCGCUAUGGCUUAUCACCCGUUCCACGCGCACCGGCCCGCCGACUUCCCCGUGUCGGCGUUCCUUGCCGCGGCGCAGCCCGCCUCCUUUUUUCCGAACCUCGGGCUUCUUCCAAAGCCACUGACUGAGCACGCUCUGGCCGGAGCCGCAGAGGCGGGCCUGCACGCGGCCCUGCACGGCCACCAUCACCACCACUCUCACCCGCAGCAGCAGGCAGCCGCUGCCGCGCACCUCCGCGCACUAAAAAGCCUCGAGCCAGAGGAGGAGGUAGAUGACGACCCCAAAGUGACACUCGAUGCCAAGGAGCUCUGGGAUCAAUUUCAUAAAAUCGGCACUGAAAUGGUCAUCACCAAAUCGGGAAGGAGAAUGUUUCCUCCGUAUAAAGUCCGCGUGAACGGUCUGGACAAGAAGGCCAAGUACAUCCUGCUGAUGGACAUCGUGGCGGCGGAUGACUGUCGCUACAAAUUCCACAACUCUCGCUGGAUGGUCGCGGGGAAAGCGGACCCUGAGAUGCCCAAGCGCAUGUACAUUCACCCGGACAGUCCCGCAACCGGGGAGCAGUGGAUGGCCAAACCGGUGACCUUCCACAAGCUCAAACUCACCAACAACAUUUCCGACAAGCACGGAUUCACUAUCCUAAACUCGAUGCACAAAUACCAACCCAGGUUCCAUAUUGUUCGAGCCAACGACAUCCUAAAGCUCCCCUACAGUACUUUCAGGACGUACGUGUUUCCAGAAACGGACUUCAUAGCCGUCACUGCCUAUCAAAACGACAAGAUCACGCAGCUUAAAAUCGAUAACAACCCUUUCGCCAAAGGAUUCAGAGACACCGGCAACGGCAGGAGAGAGAAAAGGAAGCAGUUAAGUCUGCCGGCACUGCGCGUGUAUGACGAGGCGUGCGCCAAAGGAGACGGAGCGGAAUCUGACGCUUCAUCCUGCGACCCUCCGAGCACCAGAGAGCCGCUUGACUCUCCUUUAGGAUCAUCAACAAGCCCUAUAAAAUUUAACAGGUCCAGCCGAGAUGAGAAAACCUCAGCGGAGAGUGAUCAAGAGUUUGAUCACCAGGAGCAAAUGUCUGUAGGAAUGAGUAGUCCUCUUCCACAAGCAGCAUCUCCCUUCAAGUCAAGCACUGAGGAAAGAGUCAAGGACAGACCUGACCUUGACAAGAAAGAGGACUAUGCAGACUCAAGUAAAGAAAGUGACUCAGCUUUCGGCAGCAGAAACCCAGAAAAGGACAAAUCAGAGAGAGGAAACCCCAAAGAGUCCGAACCAUCCAGGAAGGAAGGCAAGGAACGCUUUACCCCACUGCUGAUCCAGACAGAGGGCCCAUCAUCCUUCAGUGCCAAUCACCUCCAGAGCCUGGCACUGUCCGGCCUACAUGGUCAGCCUUUAUUUAACCCACUGAGUGCAGCAGGGCAUCCAUUGCUGUUUCACCCAAGCCAGUUCGCUAUGUCCCCUGGGGCUUUUUCAACUAUGGGCAUGGGGCACUUGUUGGCAUCUAUGUCAGGGGCAAGUGCAUUGGAAAACGGAGGUCUGUCACCUCAGGGCACUGGCACACCUGGAUCCUUCCCGUUCCACCUCUCACCCCACAUGCUUGCGUCUCAGGGUAUCUCCAUGCCACCCUUCGGCAGUCUCCUUCCCUAUCCGUACACGUACAUGGCGGCAGCUGCGGCUGCUGCGGCUUCGUCUCUCCCCGUCGGCGGUGUGGCUUCUUGUCUCAGCCGCAGCGGGUUACUGAGCGGCUCGCGACCCCGACUGCGAUUCAGCCCCUACCAGAUCCCGACGACCUCAAGCCUGCUCAGCGCCGGACUUCCGGGUGCGGAUCAUGCAGACUCUGGCUCGGGGUCCUCCUCCAAACCGGGCAGCAGGGAGGGCAGUCCCGCACCCAGACCGCACGGAUCCCCUCUGGCGCCCGUCAAAGAGGCCAUGAACGAACUGCAGAGCAUACAGAGGCUCGUGAGUGGACUGGAGAAACAGAGGGACGGAUCGCCGACACGAGAGUCUCCAAAGUGACGUGUCUAAGGCUCAGAAUGUGGUUUGGAUGCAAAACUGUGUAUUUGCAUCAAAUUGCAUUUGAAAAAAAAAGUCAUGCAAUGGAUGUGGAGGAACACCUUGAGGGAAAAAAAAAAUUAGUCCAGGUUUCAAUCAUGAUGAUGGGAACUGAAUAAUGAAAUGACCCUGAACCCAGUGGCUCUCUGGCUGAGAGAAAAUACAAUCAAAAUCAACGGAUGACCAUCUUCUUAAUGUGCUUGUAUCUGGGACUCGUUUUAUUUUUCUUUUCUAAUUAUUUAUAUGUAAUAUUCAGAUCAGAAUAACUAUGUAAAUAAGCCGAACGGAUUGAAGAUGUGUUUUAAUUUAUUCAGACUGUACAUUGGCGUGUAAAUACUAUCUAGGUUGCAAUUUGUUACAUUUAUAUUUGCCCCCAAUUACCUGAGUUUAUAGCAAUAUUAUCUCUAGCGCUUGUUUGGAUGGAACGCGAGUGUGUGUGCGUCUGUGUGUUUGUGUGUGUGGGUGCAGAUCUCGCUUUCUGCGUGCAAGGCUGAAUUUCGUACAUCAUAUUGCGUUGCGGAUUUUUUUUUAAAUACAGCGAUGCACUAACAGGGAAAUCUCAGGUUUCUUUAUUUUUGUUUUCUUUCUUCUUUAAAAAAAAAUAUAUAUAUAAAUAUAUGUCCUGGCGAAAGUCUUUAAAAUAGUUCCUCUGCUAAUUUUUUGGACGUGCUCGGGGUUAAUAACAACAAUAAGUGGUUUUGUUUUUGCAUUUUCUGCAUUUCAAUAAAAGAGAGAAGGUGUUGCACAUUUCUGUGGCCACGUCUUUACUCACAGGUGUGACUGAUAUGACGUGGCGGAUGGUAAUUGGUUGAUGGAGACACUAAUUAGGGAGCAAUUAUUGAAAAUUUGGAGCCUGAAAUUCAUGCACGCGCAAACGGAAACCGUUCUGAGAAGAGGUCUGAGAUCGCAGAAUGUUCUCUGUCGAAUAGAUCACGAUUUGAGAGCUC